AUGGCAGUGGCGCCCUCGGCACCCACGAUGAGCGGCGCAAACGGGACGGCCGCCUUUGACAAGGACGUCAAGGGCGCAAACGAGCCCGUCAUCACGACGACGACGAGCGCCGACGAGGUCGAGUCGCCCACGGCCAUCAGCCCGGGCGGCCAGAUCACGUCGUCCGACACCAGCGGCCAGCAGCCCACGCGCGGCAUCCUCGACAAUGCCCACGAGGCACCGCCCAGGCGCGCCUCGCGCACCGGCUCCACGUCCAACAGCGGCUUCAAGGCCGCCCUCAAGGCCACCUUCCUCCCGCCCCCGGCGGCCGGCAAGCAGAUCAAGGUGCCCGAGGGCCAGCGCCUGGGCAAGACGUUCAAGCGCAGCGACCCGCUCCCGGAUGGCGGGCGGACGUUCGAGGGAGGCGAGGUGCUGCCCUACGACCCGAGAGGCGAGAAUGCGGGGGCCGGCGACGGCAUGGUCCCGCCCGAGGCGUUGCGGCCACCGCCGGCUGGAUCGCAACAGGGGCAAGGGCAAGGGCAGGGGCAAGGGCAGGGGCAAGGGGGCCGGCUGUCGCCCAGCAGCACGCUGCGGCGGACCGAGAGCGUCAGCGACUCUGGCUACACGAGCGACAUUGGCAGCAGCGUCGAUAGCGAGGCGCUCGACACGCGCAGCGAGUACUCGGCGUCGCAGGGCUCGUCGUCGCCCGGCGAGGAGCGCGGGAGAGGGCUCGACACGCACCCGGGGCGCAACCGGCAGAGCUCGGUGGCCUCGAGCGCAUCCAACAGCAGCAACAGCGCCGCCAUCCGCUUCUGCCCGCUGCCGACGACGGGCCGGCUGAAGCGCGCCAACUCGAUCACGAUUGGCGUCGCGGCGCGCGCCCACCUGCUGCAGUCGCAGGGCACCGCCGCGCCGCCGCGGCAGCACUAUGCCCCGCAGCACGUCCACGGCUCGCAGGCGUGGUACAACGACCCGCACCACCCAGAUGUCAUCGACGUGGGCGAGGAGAUCCGCAAGGGCGCGCUCAAGGCGUGGAAGAAGCUGCGCAAGGGCAGCGGCAGCGGCAGCGACAGCGGAAGCGGCGGCGGCGCCGUCGGUGGCGGAGGCGGAGGCGGGGGCAAGCCCAAGAAGAGCUACCCAAAGGAAGGUGCGCCCGUCGCAGAUCCAAAGACGGGCAACCUGCGCGUGCUGGGCGGCGCCGGCGUCGAGAGGCCGCCAGAGCCGGAGCGGCUGGGUGCGCUCAAGGAGGAUCCAGAGCACUCGCUGCCCAGGGGCGACCAGACGCCCAAGCGAGCGUCGAGCCCCGAGCUGGCGGGCAUGGAGCAGCUGUCGGUGCACGACAAGUCGCAGCACGACGCCAGCGCGACGGAUCCAGAGGCGGCGCAGGUCGACGCCGCGACAGCGCACAACGCCAGGCUGCCGGCGCGGCCGCCGCCGCACACCGAGACCAAGGAGCAGCCCAACGGGCAUCACCCGCACGAGCUCGAGGACGGGCCGCAGCACGACUCGUACCACCUGGCAGACCACCACGACGGGCUGGCCGACGACGGGAUGGCGACGCCGCGGAGCAACAUGCAGCGGCGCUCGUCGACGGGCGCGUUCCUGCACGGGCUGUCGAUCAAGGGCAUCCAGGAGGCGCGGCGGCGCCAGUUCCUCGGCCUCGACGACGACGACGACGCCGGUGGCGGCGGCGACGGCCACGGCAGCGGCGACGAGGCCAAGGCGGCGGGCGGCUACGAGGUGCGCGGUCCGUCGGGCAAGAUGGAGCGGGUCGGGCUGGCGGGUUACGGACACUACUGA